UUGUCAGUCCGCCCCUGCCCUAGUAUGUGUAUGAAUGUGAGUUAGGGAGUAGGGACCAGGGGCCGGACUGACCAUUUGGAAACUCGGGCACUGCCCGAGGGCCCGGGCCCUGUACCAUGUGCUUAGCUGUAGCCAGUCACAGAUCAAUAGUAUUUUGAACUGUCAUGAACAGGGGUGGACUGACAACUCAUAGGGCCCCCCAGGCAAUAGGGGAUCAUGGGGCCCCUGUGUCCUUGCCCACACUCAAAAAAGCCUAUAAAAAAAGUACCAGGGGCAUUUCAUGGGGCCCC